UUUCCCUUCAUUCGUCUUAAGCGACGAGCCGUGGUUCAGAAGAAAUGGCAACAUCCAAGACUGGCCCAGUACUCUUCGAAGUACCAAUCGACACAGGCGACAAAGAAACAAGUGGAAAGAUAGUCUGCACACAACCUGCUUCCAAAGUCUACCUCUUGACAUUUUCAAGUGGCCAAGAUAAUCGUCUCAGAAGUGCCUUCUGCAACUCCCUCGUCCUCGCCCUCGACAUAAUCGAACACCGCCAUCCCCCCGGCGUAGUCAUCACAACCUCCGCAAGCCCCAAAUUCUACUCCAAUGGCAUGGACAUUGAACACGCCGCCACCACACCGGGAUACUUCGAAACCACGCUCUACCCCAUGUGGCGUCGCGUUUUGACAUUUCCUAUGCCUACUGUAGCUCUCAUCCCCGGGCACGCUUUCGCAGGAGGUUUCAUCCUCGCGUUAAUGCACGAUUAUCGAAUUAUGAAUCCCGCGAAAGGCUGGCUCUGCAUGAAUGAAAUUCAAUUAGGUGGUGCGUUGAGAGGACAAAUGAUGAGUGUUUUCCGAACGAAAGUUCUCGAUGCUGUUGUGCAGAGGAAGAUUAUUUUGGAGGCGCAUCGGUUUACGGCGCAAGAGGCGUUGCAGGAGAGGUUGGUGGAUCGGUUGGGUGGGUUUGAGGAGGCGAUGGGGUUGGUGGGGGAGGUGGGACUUGUGAAGAAUGCGCAGAAGGGGGCGACGGGGUUGAGUGUUUAUGCGGAGUUGAAGAGGGAGUUGUGGAGGGAUGUGGUGGAGGAUUUGGGGGAUUGGAGGAGGGAUGGGGUGGGGAGUGGGGCUAUGGGGAGGGAGAUUGAGAGGGAGAAGGAGGAGGGGAGGAGGAGGGUGGAGGUUUGGGAGAGGGGGAGUGGGAAGGCGAGGUUGUAG